AUGCUUCGCCACUACACCAGCAGCCACCACCAGCACCAGCAGCAGCACCGCCACCACCAGAGCAUCGCGGCCGCUGCCCCCGACACCAUGGCGGCGGCUUCCACCACGUUCUCGCUCUUCUUCCCGCUGCACAACAACAAGGCUGAGUUCGCGCACAUGGCGAUGGCGGCGGACGGGUUCGAUGACGAUAGCCACAGCUCCGUCACCACCUCCCCUUCGUCCGCGUCCUCCUCAUCCACGGGCUCCGUCGACUGCACGCUCUCGCUCGGCACGCCGUCCUCGCGCCGCGCCGCCGAGACCGCCAAGCAGCGGCCGGCAUGCCUGGCGUCGGCGUCGUGGGACGUCGCCGCCGCCGCUGAUCAGUCCUACUGCUGUUGCUGCUGCUGCCAGGGCGGCAGUAGGCCCUCUGCCGCCGCCGUGCCCUGCGCCGGGCACGGGCAGGACCCGAUGCUCGUGGACCGCCGCUGCGCCAACUGCGGCACCUCGUCCACGCCGCUGUGGAGGAACGGACCUCGCGGCCCCAAGUCCCUGUGCAACGCCUGUGGCAUCAGGUUCAAGAAGGAGGAGCGGCGUGCGGCGGCAACGGCGACAGCGGCGACGGCGGCGGCGGCCAUGGACCAGGGCGGGUGCGGCUACUUCGCGCAGCGGGCGCAGUACGGCGCUCCGGCGGCGGCGGCCGGGAGGGCGGCGCCAGUGCCCUACGGCGGCUGCGAUGGGCCGGCGUUCCCGUGCGACGUCACGGACGCCGAGGCUGUACCGCCGCAGUUCCUCGCGUGGCGGCUCGACGUCGUCGCGCAGGCGGCGCAGGCGCCGCGGUCUGGCCAGAGCGGACCACCUUGUUCCAGUACAACUAGCUACUACUCCGUAGUCUCAUGUGGAAAUGAAACUGACGAAGGCCUGCCUGUCUGUUUCGGUUAG